AUGACAGCCACAAAGAUUGAUGGCACUGCCAUUGCGAAGAAGAUCCGUGAGAAGAUUCAUGCCGAAAUUGACAAUGCCCAAAAGACAAACCCAAGAUUCAAGCCUUCAUUGAAGAUCAUUCAAGUCGGUGAUCGCUCUGACUCAACCACCUACGUUCGUAUGAAGUUGAAGGCGGCACAAGAGGCAUCGAUCGAAUGCGAACUUAUCCCAUUCCCUGAUACCGCAACCGAAGCCGAGGUUCUUGAUGAAAUUGAGCGUUUGAACAAUGAUCCCUCAGUGCAUGGUAUUCUUGUUCAAUUGCCGGUUCCCAAACACAUGUCAGAACAUAGUGUGACUUCAGCCGUAUCCGAUGAAAAGGAUGUAGAUGGGUUUGGUGCAUCAAACAUUGGAGAACUUGCGAAGCGUGGAGGUCGUCCUCUUUUUACACCAUGUACGCCAAAAGGUAUCAUGGUCUUGCUCGAAGAGAGUGGUGUUGAUUUGAGGGGCAAGAAUGCGGUCGUUCUUGGGCGUAGCGAUAUCGUGGGAAGUCCUGCGAGUUACCUUCUCAAAAAUGCCGAUGCCACUGUGACAGUAUGCCAUUCCAGGACCCAAAACAUUGAGCAAUUCAUCAAGAAUGCAGAUGUUGUUGUUGCAGCCAUUGGUAAAGCCAACUUUGUCAAGGGAGAGUGGCUUAAGCCGGGUGCAGUGGUCAUUGAUGUCGGUACCAACUUUGUUCCUGACGAGACCAAGAAAUCCGGUCAGAGACUUGUUGGAGAUGUCGAUUUCGAAUCUGCUUCGGAAGUUGCCUCUCAAAUUACACCAGUACCUGGUGGAGUGGGACCAAUGACUAUCGCAAUGCUUUUGCAAAAUGUUGUUGAAUCUGCAACAUCUUAUUUCGAUCGCCAAAAGGCUAGAGCCAUCAAGCCCUUAGCUCUCAAGCUUCAAUCCCCUGUGCCAUCGGAUAUCGCUAUCUCGAGAGCUCAACACCCAAAACAUAUCACACGUGUAGCACAGGAGAUUGGUAUCGCCGGUUACGAACUUGAACCUUAUGGAGCAUACAAAGGUAAAGUGGACUUAAGUCUACUCAAACGCCUUGAGCACCGCCGCAAUGGUCGUUAUGUCGUUGUAACUGGUAUCACCCCAACACCUCUUGGUGAGGGUAAAUCUACCACCACUAUGGGUCUUACUCAAGCUAUUGCUGGCCAUCUUGAUCGCAUAGCAUUCGCCAAUGUUCGUCAACCAAGUCAAGGACCAACCUUCGGUAUCAAGGGAGGUGCUGCAGGUGGUGGAUACAGUCAGGUCAUUCCUAUGGAUGAAUUCAAUCUUCAUUUGACUGGUGAUAUCCACGCGGUCACGGCUGCAAACAAUUUAUUGGCCGCUGCAAUUGAGACCAGAAUGUUCCAUGAGAACACCCAAAAAGAUGGUCCGCUUUACAAGCGUCUCGUUCCGGCUAAGAAGGGAAAGCGUGAAUUUCAGCCAAUCAUGUUCCGCAGAUUGAAGAAGCUCGGUAUCACGAAGACCAACCCUGAUGAACUUACAGAAGACGAGAUCCAUCGAUUCGCAAGAUUGGACAUUGAUCCUUCGACAAUCACCUGGAGACGUGUUCUUGAUGUUAAUGAUCGUCAUUUGAGAGGUAUCACCGUUGGUACCGCUAGUACCGAGAAGGGCCAGUCUAGAGAAACUGGAUUCGAUAUCUCUGUCGCUAGUGAGUGUAUGGCUAUCCUUGCACUCAGCAACGACUUGAACGAUAUGAGAGAAAGACUUGGUCGCAUGGUCAUUGGAUCAUCCAGAAAUGGCGAUCCCGUCACUUGUGAUGAUCUUGGUGCAGGUGGUGCCUUGACAGCAUUGAUGAAAGAUGCUAUCAAGCCCAACUUGAUGCAAACCUUGGAAGGAACACCCGUCUUCGUCCACGCCGGUCCAUUUGCAAACAUCAGUAUCGGUGCUAGCUCAGUCCUCGCAGACAAACUUGCCUUGAAGCUCGCUGGUACUGAACCUGAUGAGAAUCACAACGAGAAGGCUGGAUUUGUGAUCACUGAAGCAGGUUUCGAUUUCACUAUGGGAGGGGAACGUUUCUUCAACAUCAAGUGUCGAUCAUCCGGACUGAUUCCAGAUGUUGUCGUCAUUGUUGCAACUGUUCGGGCACUCAAGGUUCACGGUGGCGGCCCACCAAUCGCUCCAGGUGCCGCUCUUCACCAGAUCUACCGAGAGGAGAAUGUCGAAAUUCUUCGCAAAGGUUGUGUCAACCUCAAGAAACACAUCUCUAAUGCCAAAUUCUAUGGUGUCCCCGUCGUUGUCGCAAUCAAUAAGUUUGAGACCGAUACUGACGCUGAGAUUGAAGUUAUUCGAGAAGAGGCUAUCGCUGCUGGAGCCGAAGAUGCCAUUCCAGCUAAUCACUGGGCAGAAGGUGGUAAGGGAGCCAUCGAUCUCGCCAAGGGUGUUAUCGCUGCAAGCGAGAAGGAGAAGAAUUUCAAGCUUCUCUACAGUCUUGAUGGAGACGUCCAGACUCGCAUUGAAGCAAUCGGUAAAGAGAUGUAUGGGGCUGAUAAGGUUGAGUUUAGCGAGAUCGCUCAAAAGAAGGUUGAUGCAUAUACAAAGCAAGGGUUUGGAAACUUGCCAAUCUGUAUUGCGAAAACCCAAUAUUCUUUGUCACACGACGCCGAUCUUAAGGGUGCACCAACUGGAUUCACUGUCCCAAUUAGAGAUGUGAGACUUGCUGCUGGAGCUGGUUACCUCUAUGCACUUGCAGCAGAUAUCCAAACCAUUCCCGGUCUUCCAACCGCUCCUGGUUACAUCAACGUCGAUGUCGACACGGAGACUGGAGAAAUUGACGGUCUCUUUUAA